AUGGGAGGAAACUACACACAGCCCAGAUUCAUCCUCCUGGAAAUUACAGACUCUCCCUGGGCACAGGCCCCUCUUUUUGGGCUCUUUCUGUUGAUUUACAUCAUCACUUUGGCCAGGAACAUUGGGCUGAUAUUCUUGGUUUGGGUGGCUCCCAGCCUCCACACCCCCAUGUACUUCUUCCUCACCCACUUUUCCCUGGCCAACAUCUGCUAUUCCACCAUCAUCUCCCCCAAAAUGCUCACGGAUCUGUUAUUUGGGAAUAAAACCAUUUCCUGGGCUGGCUGUGUGACACAGCCUUCCAACCUCUUUGCUCUCUUUGUCACGGCCGAGUGUCACCUCCUGGCUGCCAUGGCCUACAACCGGCACAUGGCCGUCUGCCACCCCCUGCGGUACGUCCUGGCCGUGUCCCCCCAGGCCUGCUGGCAGCUGGUGGCCUGGUCCUACCUCGUGGCUUCCCUCAGUGCCCUCCUCUACACCUGCUGCACCUUUGGGGGCUCCUUCUGUGGGCCCCGCUGGGUCGACCACUUCUUCUGUGACGCCAGCCCCGUGCUGAGGCUGGCGUGUUCCGACAGUGAGCUCACCAUCUUCGCCCUGGCCACCACCAACGGGCUGGGCACCAGCGUGGUCAUCCUGCUCUCCUACGGCCGCAUCCUCCGCACCGUGCUGCGGAUGUGCUCGGCACCCAGCAGGGCCAGAGCCUUCCACACCUGCGCCUCCCACCUGGCGUCUGUGUCCGUGUUCUACGGCACCCUGUUCUUCAUGUAUCUGCAGCCAGCGUCCUGGCACGGCAGCCGGGACAAGGUGGCCUCUGUCUUCUACACUGCGGUCAGUCCCAUGCUCAACCCUUUCAUCUACAGCCUGAAGAACAAGGAGGUGAUAGCAGCACUAGAGAAGUGCAGGAGGAGGAUGUUAAACCUCUGCCGGCAUCAGAGAGGUGCAGCUCAUGGCAUCAGGGAAUCCUGGAAUGGUUUGGGAUGGAAGGGAUCUUAAA